UAAAUAAUAUCAACAGUUAACAUAUGAUAAAAAGACAUGAAAUUAGAUUUAAUUGAUUUUGAUUUGUCCUCAGGGUAUUUUCAUAAUGUUUGUAAUUAAAUUAAAUUGUUGAUUUUUGAGUGAAAAAACAUAAAUCAUAAGCUUCUUUAGCUUCCCACAAUUAAAGUUAAUUGAAAAGGUAAUUUUAACAAUUAGCAAUCAAUAAACUUCAACAUCAACUUGUUUCAAUUUAAUUGUGGGUUUUAAUGUAAUAAAGUUAAUGUUAUCCAUUUAAUUGUUCAAUCAAUUUGCUACUCAUCUUAUAACUUGUUAAAUCUGUUAAUUGUUGUGAUCAUUCAUUUAAUCAAUGAAUCCAUUCAGUGAAAGUUAUAACUCCAAUUCAUCUCGAGCUAAAUUCAACAGGAGGAAACAUGAUGAUUCAUAUUUUUCAAGAGUGUCAAACAAUACUCUUGAAUGGAUUUAUCAUCAAUCACCUUUGGAGCAAAUUUUUUACGCUAUUGUUUUAAUUGUUUUCGUGAUCAUAUUCACCGCAAUUUACUUCAUGUACACUGAUCAUCAUGUUUUUCAAAGUGAACCGCUAAUCAUGGCCAAUUCAACGCCAAUAAUAUCGGAACCAGCGGUUGUUGAACAAACGUCAACUACACAAGCGACAACUAGUUCAACGCCAAAUCCAUCAGAUCACCAUCAUCAUCAUCAUCAUCAUCAUUAUCACUAUCAUAGGGAUGAUAAUAAACCUUUGAAAGCGCCAGUAGCACCGAUAAUGGACAAAAUAUUAGAGGAAAAGGCAAAUCAAUCAAGAGAAACACAAUCAACCUCAGAAAAGCCAACAAUAAGAGUACCAAUACUCACAAAGACCAUGGAGACAACACCAAAACCUACAACAACAGCCACCACUACAACUUCAACAACAACCUCAACAACCACAACAAAACCGAUAACAAGUACUUCAUUGAUUACUAAUUCAACUCCACAGCUAAGGGCAACCUCGCAAUCUUUGUCAACACCAAAAGUACCAGAUUCUCAUCGGCACUAUCCCCACUCAGACCAUCACCAUGUAACCAAACAAACUGCACCGACAACAACACCGAAAGCAACACCGAUGGAUAGAUCUUCAAGUUUCGAUGUGUCGAAACCAUUGAUUGUUACAGAAUCAACAUCAACUCAAUCGUCUCCAACUGAAGUGCUUGAUGAGUUGGAUCAGUUGAUUGAAUAUAAAUGCAACAGUCUCAAUAAGACUGACAAUAUCGAGUCACCGGAAAAAGUUGACAUGAAACAUUUAUUGCACCUUGCAAGUCAAAUGAAAAACCUCAAUGGUGGCAAAUCUUUGUGUUCAUUUAUUGGACUUAAUCACUUGGUAAUCCCGUUUAAUAAUCCAGAUUACUAUUGGUUUAAAAACUAUAGCUUGGACUUUGAUGAUUCUGAUGACGAUUUGUUUGAUGAUUGGAAUCCUAUUUGUAGAGAUAAUUGUUCAGGAUUAACUGAGUUGAUCGGCAAUAAAUUAAAUCGUUUCUGGGAUUCGUGUAUGAAUGCAAAUCAAAAUAUUACUGAUUUUAGGAACUACAUGAACUCAUUUGGAUUCAAAUCAUAUUUACCAACCAAUAUUUCAGAAUUUGAUCUGAAUCAACUGAUUAAAUCACUUGACUAUCAAGGAUUAGUAAAUUUCAAACCGAUUCCUGACCAUCUAAACCUAAACGCAACUAUUAAUCUAGUGAAUAGAGAUGAUUAUCCUUUCAUUCAGAAGCAAGUUUACGAGGAGCUGAUUGAUUAUCCUGAUCUAAUCAAGGAUCUGAGCGGUUAUUGGAAUGAAACAAAUGAAGAUAUAAAAUCAAUCAAUACCGAAGGUCUCGAUAUUUGUAAAUCCAUUCAAGAACUACCAUAUGAUAAGAUUGAAAGGAUUAAUCUUAAUCCAAUAGAAUACAAUUCAUUGGGAUUGUCCGAUUUACCUAUCAAUGCAAUUCCAAAUUCUGACUACCUGAUUGAAUACAAUCCCAAUUACCUGACCGAUGCUCUAGCUACAAUCAACAAACAUCAAUCAACUGAUUUAUACUAUUAUUUGCUGUUUACUAAUUUUAAGAAAAAUUUAAUUCAUCUUGAUGAUCAAUCAAUUGAUUAUACCAAUAUAAUUGAUGACGAUUCUCAUCUAAAUCGUACCGGUUUCUGUCUUAACAUGGUAACUUUACCUUUCGGAUUAAUUAAGCUAAUGGAUGAAAUUAAAUCAUCUCAAUCCAAGAAAAUUGAUCUACCAAAAUUAGCUGAUCAUCUAAUUGACAAAGUUAUUAAAUUAAUUUUGUCCAAAUUUACCGAUGAUCAAGCGACUCGAAAUUUACUUCGAGAUUUAAGUUAUAACAUUUUAGAACAAUUAAAUCAUUUAAUCUCAUUUGAUUCUAAUUCUAUUGAUGAAAUUUACCAAUCAUUAAAAAUAACCGAUAAUUAUUUCGAUAAUGUCCAAUCAAUACGAUCUUGGCUUCGAUCUGGUUACAAGGAAGGAUGUUUACUUAAUUAUAUUUCUAUUUAACAAUUGAUAAUUUAAUUCAUUUUAAUAAUUAUUAAUAUCUAACGAUAUUCAUUUAAUCAAAAUAAAUCAAAAUCGAAACCAUUUUAAUUGUUACCUUUUUCCAGA